CUGGGUCGUCCCCGGAACACCUCACCGGGGAGGCAUCCGAAUCGGACGCCCGGCCACCUCACCUGGCUCCUCUCGAUGCGGAGGAAGCUUGACAUUUUCUCCCAUUAUUAGUUCGUCAUCGAAAGAAGGUUGCUGGCCGAUGACGUCAUUACACGCAGCCGUCCAUUGGUGACGACGUCACGCGUGUCCCGGAUGUCGGACGCUCGCCGCUUUUGAACAUUCAUUUUUUUUCUUUUAAGAUCAGCCAUAAAAUAAUGACUAUAUUAAUUAAUAUGAAAGACUAAUUCAACAUGAGGAGGACCUUUGAUGACGAGAGGACGUGAAGAAUGUGGAGCAAAGGUGGUUCUCGGCGAAAGUGAAAGUCAAAAACGAAGACGGACGAGACGCACGCGUUUGUCGCUCUUGGGCUGCGAGAUGUCUUCGCUCGUGCUUCUUGCGUUCCCGCUGCUGCUGGUGGACGUGUUGCUCACGUGGACCUUCCGCAGCGCUCUUCCGCUCGCGGGCGGCGCCGGCGCGGCGGAGCAGUGGGCAGUGGGCCUCAAGUGGGUGCUCCUUCACGUCGUGGCGCGCACGACGGCGGCCGGGAAGCAACGGGCGGCGGCGUACGGGCUGGCCGCGCUGCUCGCCCUCCUGCCGGCCGUCUUCCGAAGUUGCCGUGACCUGGCGGGGGCCCCCGCGGAUCCCGGGGCGGGCGGCGCCCUGCGGCCGGCGCUGUGCUCGGCGCUGAGUUUUCUGGUUUGGGAGGCGGGCUUCGGCGGCGACGGCGGGUCGACGCGGGAGGGCGAGCCGCGACCGGACGCUCGCCGCCUGCUCGCCAGGCUGCUUCAGUACGUCAGAGCCGACUUCCACUUCCUGUCUGCGGGCUUCGUCUUCAUCAUCCUCACCGUUGCCUGCGACACGUCGGUGCCGCUGUUCCAGGGCAAGGUGACGGACGUCCUCCGAGGCGGAACGCUCGACGCCGACUUCUACUGUGCCGUGGCGAUGCUGGCGUGCUUCUCCGUGGGCAGCUGCGUUUUCUCGGGCCUGAGGUCAGGAUUCUUCAAGAUCACGCACGCUCGCCUCAACAAGCGCCUGAAGGUGGCGGUGUUCCGCGCGCUCUUGAGCCAGGAAGUGCUCUUCUUCGAGGAGAACGAUCCAGGAAGUCUUUGUUCCCGCCUGCACUCGGACGUGCACCGGAUGGGCCUGACGGUGGCGCUGAACGCCAACGCGGCACUGCGCAGCUCAGUCAAGGCCGUCCUCAUGCUGGCGGCCAUGUCGUGUCUGUCGCCCGCGCUGACGGCGCUGGCGUGCGUCGAGAUCUUCGCCGGGGCCGCCGUGCAGAAACGACAAGUCCGCCGCGACAAGGAAUCGAAGGAGCAGACGCAGGACAGCCUGGCUCGCCUCCAGAAGCUGAGUCAUCAGUCGCUGGCCGGAAUCCGCACCGUCCGAAGCUUCCACGGCCAAUCGGACGAAGCCCGAAGAUUCCGCCGAGAGCUGGAAACGCUGCGAGACGUCAGGACGCGAGCGGCGCGACACAAAGCCGUCUUUGUCCUCCUGCGCAGGCUGGGCGGUUUGCUCACCAAGACGGCGACGCUGCUGGCGGCUCGCUCCCUGGCGUCGGGCGGGCGGCUGAGCGUCGGGACCCUCGUGACCUUCCUGUUGUUCCGGAAGCCCAUGUCGCACAUCCUCAAGGAGAUAUUUGUGAGCUGCGGGGACACGCUGGCCACGGCGGGCAUCAUCUCCAAAGUCUUCGGCUACCUGGACCGGUCGCCCAAACGCCGCCCGGACGGCGGCCUGGCUCCCGACGCGCUGCGGGGCACCGUCGAGUUCCGAAACGUCACUUUCGGGUACCCGUCCGUGCCGUGGGACAAACCGGCGCUGAAGGACGUGUCCGUGGUGCUGGAGGCGGGAAAGGUGACCGCCCUGGUGGGACCGUCGGGCAGCGGGAAGACUUCACUCGUGGGACUCCUCAAGCGACUCUACGAACCUCAGCGAGGGACCGUCCUGAUGGACGGACGGCCGCUGCACGCGUACCGCAACGGGUACCUGCAUCGCAAGGUGGUUUCGGUCUCCCAGAAUCCGGUUCUGCUGCGCGGCUCGCUGCGUUACAACGUGGAGUACGGCCUAGAAGACUGCGACUUCAGGCGGGUGCGAGAGGUCGCCGUCAAGAUCAAAGCGUACGAGUUGCUGGCCAAGCUGGAGGCCAACUACCACGCAGAUGUGGGCGAGGGCGGCGGGCGUCUGUCGGAGGGCGAGAAGCAGAGCCUGGCGCUGGUGCGGGCGCUGGUGCGGGAACCGCGUGUCCUCCUCCUGGACGAGGCCGCCAGCCACAUGGACGUCCGCGCGCAACAGGCCGUGAGUCACGCGGCGCCGACAGCUCGGACGCGUACGGCCAGGAUACUGACCUCUGACCCAACUAGGACACACACGGCUACAAAAAAAAGACAAAAGGCAAUGUUCCACAAAACCAUUCGUAUUCCUUCUGGCUUGAAGAAAAGGAAAAAACAAAGAGCUGGAGAGGAAGCAGCGACCCGCGGCUCGAGCGAGGCACCCCUUAAGCGCCCGCCCGACUGCGCUUCGGUUGCCCCCACUUGCCCCAAUCUGACAUUUCCCCUGAUCUAUUUGGAAAGGUCUCCACAAGUUGACCCCUGAGCUGUCUCUCAACGAGGGUCCUCGAGGAGGUUCUCGGGUGCGGGUGUACGGUCCUGAUGGUGUCGCACCGUCUCGACAGCGCCGAGCGAGCCGACCGCGUCGUCUUCAUGGAGGACGGCGUGGUGACGGAGGAGGGGACGCACGCGCAGCUAAUGGCC